UUGCAAGCUGUGAGGGGUUGAAAACAUGACAUAUUUUAUUUUUUAUGACAACUUUGUGUGCCAUGUUUUCAUUCACACAGGUGUUACAUUUAUGGAUUCAAUCACAGUGGAUUUUUAUUAUUUACACCAAAUAGCAAUCUAAAGCUAAACAGAAAUACUUUUACAAACUUAAAGAGCUGUUUGUUAAAUGUUUUUAAAGUUACAAUGUGUCCACAGUAUCCUGUGAAGUAAAUCAAACUGUUUUCCAUUUGUGUCAUUAAAUAGGUAGCCAUUCACAGGGAUCUGUCUUACUUACAAACUGACUGUCCAUCAAUAUCUGGAAUUGUGUACAAAAACAUGGAGCAAAGAAAUAAUUCAUAUUGUUGGUUAAUUUGCCAAAAAAGACAAUCGUUUCCCAAUUUCAGAAAUGGUCUCUCACCUUGCGAAAGGAGGUACAGGCGAAACCAGCAAAUAAAAGCAGAAGUCCACUGCCAUGAUUAAAGCGUAUUUCUCCCUGCUUCGCCCUCACCCCAGAGUGCCCUACCAGGACAGAAGCUUUAUAUAGAUGAGAUGGGGGAGGUUCAGUGGCUGAGGGUAUGCCUGCCAGAGGGAAGGCUGUGAUGGGGCUAUUCCCCGAAGUCUCAACUGCAGUGUCAUGUGUCUUACUUUGUUUAAACACACAUUCAUGUUUAGUUUGUACAGUAAUAAGGCAGCUCGAUUCAUUCAUUUAAAAAGCUCUGAUUCAAGUUUUAGAAAGGCAAGUCGCCCUGUGUAAAAAUGUAAACGCAUGCCUGAAACACCCAAAUAAAGAAAUAUGCUGAAUCUGUGGGCAUCAAAAACCAAAUCCCCCAGAGCUCCAUUUUACUUUUAGUCUCAGAUUCGUGAGCCGUACUACAUGCGUCGAAAAUAAUAUCCAAAACUAGCCUAAACUUCCAUGUUGCCACUUGUGACUAUAUGUCUUUCACUCAUUAUGGAAACUUCAUUCUGUCGAGUGUCAUUAGAGAGAGGGCGUGUGGGUGGGCUUCACCAAGGGGAAUGCCCCGACUAAGCCCUCUGAAUCUGGAGUAUUAUCACCCCUUGGUGGCAGGAAAAGGUGACUCCCCAUGUGAGUGACCUGAGAAAUCUGCCUUCUCAGUUGGGUUUCAAGGUACAUACUCUGUAAAACGUGGGGUUUGGUUUCUGUGCGUGCGACCCUGAACUGGUCCAUUUAGGGGUCUGAUCAAAGGUUGGUGAUGUACAUUGGGGCUGGGCAGAUGGACAGUACUGCAAAGGGUCUUAAAAAGCGAGCCCAUGACAUCAUCACAUAGACCGGUGGGGUCUGUCGGGAAAGGGUUGGUCAUGCAGAAUUAGCAGUAGACAUUUAUAUUUAGCUGUGGACAGGAAGACAGGGGGAUGCACUAUGAAAGGGGGGUUUCUGCUUUCACAAUACCUCUCCUCCAUCUUUCCACUUAGCCAGGGGUUGAGAGGGGUCAUCAAGUGCCCUUUUUUUAUGGAGGAGUUAUGUUUCAAAUCCAAGUCACUGCAGCACUGAAAUAUAGCUCUCUGCUCUAGAAGUUUCCUUCAUGAGAUAUAACACAGAGGAUCUACUGCCGAGCGUUUGCCAAGGGGAUGCUGGGCAUUCCUGUGUAUGCAACUGUGCACACACAUGUGGGACAUGUCCACGCUCCAGUUAAAUAAAGCAACGCACCAGAAGUGAAGGAAUGAGAGGGGCAAAGAGGGAGGGAGAGCGAGAGAAUGAGAUACAGGAGGGAGGGGUGGAGGAGCAGGGGAGAGACAGAUUUAUUUCCACAGCUGAGUGCUGCCCCUCUCCUCUCUGUGGUUUGGCGUGGCGCUUGGAUAGACAGCUGAGAGGUGACGAGUGACAAGAGAACUGAGAAGAAGAGUAAGGUGGGAAAAAACGAAGAUAAACCGAGUGCAGGAGGAGGACGGUGGACAUGGAUGCCCUAGCACUAGAGGCCACCAGCACUAAAAAGCCGGCAUACGGGGCGGUAGUGGUGGUUGCCCCGGUGCUGGCUCAAGCCCCGGUCAAACGCAAACCUGCUAAAAAAGCUAAAAAGGCUGUUGUUUUCUUUGAGGUGGAGAUACUGGAUGCCAAGACCAAGGACAAGCUCUGCUUCCUGGACAAGGUCGAGCCAAAUGCCACUAUCGGAGAGAUCAAGUCCAUGUUCCACAAGAGCCAUCCUCAGUGGUACCCAGCCAGACAGUCCAUUCGCCUCGACCCCAAGGGGAAGUCCCUGAAGGAUGAGGAUGUUCUGCAGCAUCUCCCUGUGGGAACCACGGCAACCUUCUACUUCAGAGACCUUGGAGCUCAGAUCAGCUGGGUCACAGUCUUUCUGACCGAGUAUACCGGUCCACUGGUCCUCUAUCUGAUGUUCUACUUCAGAGUUUCCUUCAUCUACGCACCCAAAUAUGACUUUACCACCAGUAAACACUGGGUCGUACAUCUCGCCUGUAUGUGUCACUCGUUCCACUUCAUGAAGAGGCUGCUGGAGACGCUGUUUGUCCAUCGCUUCUCUCACGGUACCAUGCCGUUGCGUAACAUCUUCAAGAACUGUACCUACUACUGGGGCUUUGCAGCGUGGAUGGCCUAUUACGUCAACCACCCGCUGUACACACCACCCAUCUACGGCGAGCAACAGAUCAGACUCGCCCUCAUCAUAUUCCUGUUCUGUCAGAUCGGCAACUUUUCCAUCCACAUUGCUCUUCGGAACCUCCGUCCACCAGGGUCUAAGACCAGAAAGAUUCCCUAUCCAACCAAGAACCCCUUCACCUGGAUCUUCCUGCUGGUCUCCUGCCCCAACUACACCUAUGAGCUGGGCGCCUGGUUUGGCUUCACACUGAUGACCCAGUGCCUGCCGGUGGCCUUCUUCACCUUGGUGGGUUUCAUCCAGAUGACUGUGUGGGCGAAGGGGAAGCACCGCAGCUACCUGAAGGAGUUCCGUGACUACCCUCCUCUCCGCUCACCCAUCCUGCCCUUCAUCCUUUAGAGGACUCGAUUGCUCCCUCGCCCAUUCAGCUCUCCCCGCUUGCAGGAGUCAAAUACACCCCCACCCUGAAUGAGAGGGGGCUCUCUGGUUUUUCCACCCUCCAAACUCGACACAGAAUCUGGCUGGCUGAAUCUAACCAUGUCCCCUUUUCCCUCCGCAACCAAAUUGUCUGUCUGCGAUCCCUGUAUUAUUGAUAAUAUUGAGUGAAAAUUCUUCUUUUCUGUUAAUCUCCCACAAGCCCACUGAUAGAUUAAUUGACUUACGUGUGCUUGAGCUGCCAGAGCAGUUAGUCCCCUUCAAACUACUGAAUGACAAACUGUACAUGUUAAGAUGUCCCACCACUCUGCCAUCGAACACUGUGGCUUUGAGGCUGAAUCUGCAUCUGACGAUAUUCAGUAUAAUUUCAAUGGUUUAGUUUUUGUAUCCAUUCAUGUACAUUUCAAAUUAUGACAGCAUGUCAUUUUGUUAAUGUCUGAAGUAAUUUAUAAUAAAAAAAAGGUAAACCAAA